AUGCACAAGCGACGGCGACGCGCGCAUGCGGGACAGUAUGCGCCGGAGCUCGAGGCGCCGUACAAGCCGCCGGCGGCGGCGUAUGUCCGCGCAUACGAAGCGCAGCUCGUCGACGAAGCUCGCAAUCCGGGCCUGAUUCCUUGGGCUGGCGACGAGAGCGUCCUGGCGGACCGCCACAACAUUCUCCACCUCUUGCCCGACGUCGACGUGCCGUCGCCGCCGUCGCCUGGCUCAAUCUCGAGUUCAUGGACGAUCCCAUCUGACGCCGAAGAAGCGUUCGAGCUCUCGGGGGACGAGGAGGUGGCGGCGCACGCGCGCGCCAGGAAGCAGAAGUGGGUGGACGCGCUGCGUGAAGCGCGCUUGGCCGAGCGCGAGCGGGAGGACGAGGAGGCCGCGCUCGCGGAGGAGAAGGAGCGCGAUGAGGAGCCCCCACCCGACAUCGCCAACCUCAUGGCGCACACCGCCCGGAGCCUCGCCGCGUCGCCGAACCCCGCGAUCCUAAUAUCUAAAAUCAUGGCCCGACACGCCGCGGACGCGCGCUUCACCUUCCUCCGCCCCGAAGGCGUGUGGGCGGGCGCAUGGGCGCGCGCCCAGCUCGCGGCGGGGAUCACGCUGCCGCCGCCGCCACCGCCUGCACGAAGCACGGCACGUGCGCUGCCCGCGCUCGGCGGGCUUGGCGGAUAUGAUAGCGCGAGCGACAGUGACGACGGCGCGCGUCAUGCUCCACCACUGGAUCCGCCUCCACCUCCCGAUUCGCCUCCUCCUCCACCGCCUGCCACACCUCCCCCUCCGCGAUAG